AUGCAAUCCUCGAUUCUCGUCCUUCUGGCUCUCAUCUCCGUCGCCGCUGCCUGCCCGGGACUGUUCGGCAUGGGAGGCGGAGGCUGCGGAUGCGGUGCUCCACCACCACCACCGUCCUGCGGAUGCGGAGGAAGAAAGAAGAGGUGAGCCAGUGACAAGGAAAUCCAGAGAAAACUCUGGACCUUCAGAUCGCUCCCGGAAAAGCCGACUUCCCCGGACUUUUUCGGAAUCGCCGGCGCCGACAACGAUACUCUGUGCAACACUCCGGAACUGAAGAAGAUCAUUCAGGAGGUGUCCCCGAACCUUAUUCCUCUGUAAUACAAACAAAUUCAGAACAUGCACACCUCGCCGACCGACUCCUCGAAGGCCAUCAACAGUGUGCUGGAAAGCAGACAGCUCAACCGAUUCGUCGUCGUUUGCUCGGAGGUUCUUUCUGAAAAACAACAUUUAAUUUGGUUUACAAAACGGAAAUCGUCCUUUCAGGGUCCGUUCGUGUUCACCGUACGUGCCGACACCGCCUAUUGUGGAGCCGCCAAGAACGGUCACAACUGUCACGCGUUCGCCAUGUAA